UGUGUGUGUGUGUGUUGCUGAGCCAGAAAAGGGGGAGGUAGUUGGAGGGAUGGAAGGAUCAAAGCACCCAGGCUUGGUGCAGUGCAGAACAGGCUGCUCCUCUGCAUACCUCCUCUUUUAACUCUUAACUAAGCUCUUAACUCUCGAGAUACGAGCUCUGGAAACGAGGCUUCACCAUCAACAAAUGUAAUAUGCCUUUAAUUAACAAACUGCAGUAUACGAUGUGAUGCAGGGACAGUUUUCAACCACAGGAUUUGUGACACAUUUGUGUCGAUAACCUAGUUUUCCUGAUGAUACAUUUUUUUUUAGUUAGAUUAAUGUAUUUGCUACAUAUUAUAAAAGAAUACAUGACAUUUGUAUUCAUAAGAUUACUUUCUCCAUUGCUGGGCACAAUGAUGCACACAUUUAUAGAAGAGUGAAGUGUCUCAUAUACAGCUGACCUGAAGUUGUCGCUUGACGCCCAAAAUGAUUUCCAAAGAUUUGGAAACGACAGAGACUGAUGAUACAAGUUUUGAGGUUCAAAUUAAGCAGGCAGCCCUUCCUACAAUCACAUUCAGAUGUAUUCAGGGAAUUCUGUAUCGACUUAUUUGGGAGAAAAGCAGAAUUUAAGUAGUUUUCCAUGGAAAAUAUUAUUCACUAGCCAAUUAGUCCUGAUUUAAUGUGAGGUCUGGGCAACCGAUGAUAAAGCCAGCAAUACAAUUCAGCUCUGAUGAAACGAGUAGGGGCGGUUAGUUUCAACAGAUGUUUCAUGUAGUUGCAUUAACUUCAUGGUUUCACAUGGAUUUCUUUACUAUCUGUGGAAAGCAUGUAGAUCUCAGUCAAAAACUUUUUAUUUACGAUAAAACAUGAACAUUACCAUGAAGUCAGAGGUAUUGGCAAACCCGUGAGUUAGGUUUUAUUGGAAGUUAAGCUGUGGAGUAGUAAAUCUGUUAGUGCGGAGAGAAAAUUCAGAGCUGCUCCACCCACAAAUGAGUCCAACAUGCUCUAAAUGUUUCUCAAAUGUUGCCCGUUUGUGUGUAUUUAGGUUUGAUGGAAACUUCAAUACCAAUGUCUCCAAGACCAUCUGCUGUGACAGACUUUCCCCCAACGUCAACAGCCGAGCGUUCAACCCUGGACGGGACCUCAACUCAGUAUUGGCAGACAACCUGAAGUCCAACCCGGGGAUAAAGUGGCAGUACUUCAGCUCAGAGGAGGGCAUCUUCACAGUCUUCCCUGCACACAAGUUUCAGUGCAAGGGAAGUUACGAGCACCGCAGCAGGCCUGUGUAUGUGUCUGCAGUGCGACCCCAAUCUAAACACAUCGUGGUGAUGGUGGACCACGGAGCGUCUGUAACUGAUACCCAGCUUCAGAUCGCCAGGGACUCUGCGCUGGUCAUCCUCAACGCCGUCGAUGAACAUGACAAGAUCUCCAUUUUGUCAGUGGCCGAGGCGGUUCGCUCCUGUUCUCUGGACCAGUGCUAUAAGAGUCUGCUCUCUCCGGCCACCAGCGAGACCAAGAGGAAGAUGAGCACCUUCAUCUCCAACAUCAAGGCGUCAGAUGGAGCCACACAGCACGCAGCGGGCUUCCAGAAGGCCUUCCAGCUGCUCCGAAACACCAGCAGUCUCUGCAAGCACAGUGCCACCACAGACAUGGUGAUCGUCUACCUGUCGUCCGGGAUCACGUCCCGAGAGUCGUCGGAGCAGGAGAAGAGAGCGACACUCAGUGUGGUGAGAGAGGAGAACCGGCACCUCAACAACUCGGUCAUGAUCCUCACCUACGCUCUCAUGAACGAGGGAGUAACAGGCCUGAAGGAGCUGGCCUUCUUGAGGGAUCUCGCAGAGCAGAAUUCGGUGAAGUACGGUGUGGACCGAAUGUCUGACCGAGACCGCUCCUCUGCGAUGUCCUCGUCUGGAUCAGCAGGAGCUUCCAUGAUGCCGGUGGUGAAGGGAAGCAUGAUGGUGCUAAACCAGCUGAGUAACCUGGAGACGACAGUGGGCCGCUUCUACAUCAAUCUGCCCAAUCGCAUGAUCGACCUGGCCCGCUUCAGCCUGCCCUACUCUGACCCUAUGGGAGAUGGGUUUAUUAUGACCGUGAGCCGGCCCUGUUAUUUCGGUAACCUUCUCCUGGGCGUGGUCGGGGUGGAUGUGAACCUGGCGUACAUCUUGGAGGAUGUCACCUACUACCAAGACUCGCUGGCUUCAUACACCUUCCUCAUUGACAACAAAGGUUACACCUUGAUGCAUCCAUCACUGACACGGCCCUACUUGAUGACAGAGCCUCCCCUUCACACUGACAUUAUCCACUAUGAGAAUAUCCCAGGAUUCCCUGUUGCACGGCAGAACAUCCUCAGCCUCCCUCUGGGCAGUCAGGUAAUUUCUGUCCCAGUCAACUCGUCUCUGUCCUGGCACACCAACCGACUGCGGGACAACAGCAAAGACGCAUACAACGUCAGCUAUGCCUGGAAACUGGUUCAGGACACGUCGUUCAUCCUGUGCAUCGUGUACGUGCAGCCGGAGAUCCCAGUGAAGCAUCUGAAGAACCUGAACACAGUCCCCAGCUCUAAGCUACUCUACCAUCGUUUAGACCUGCUGGGUCAGCCUAGCUCCUGCCUGCACUUCAAACAGCUUGCUACAGUUGAGUCCCCCACUGUGAUGUUGGCAGCUGGUAGUUUCUCCUCCCCCUACGAGCACCUCAGCCAGCCGGAAACAAAGCGCAUGGUGGAGCACUACACCGCCUACCUGAGUGAUAACACCAGGCUCAUAGCCAACCCAGGCCUCAAGUCCUCUGUCAGGAACGAGGUUAUGGCGACCAGUCACGUCACGGAUGAGUGGAUGACACUAAUGGAAAUGAGUAGCCUCAACUGCUACAUUGUGCGCCGUUACAUAGCAACGCCCAGUGGGGUGCUCCGGAUUUACCCCGGAUCACUGAUGGACAAAGCCUUCGACCCGACCCGCAGACAAUGGUACCAGCAUGCGGUGGCUAACCCUGGCCUCAUCACCUUCACUGGACCGUACCUGGAUGUGGGCGGGGCGGGCUACGUUGUCACCAUCAGCCACACCAUCCACGCCUCCAGCUCUCUGAUGGCCCCUGGAUAUGCAUUUGCAGUGAUGGGCAUAGACUUCACCCUUCGCUACUUCUAUAAGGUCCUACUGGACCUGCUGCCCAUCUGCAACCAGGACAGGGGCAACAAGAUCAGAUGCUUCAUAAUGGAGGACAGAGGGUACCUGGUCGCUCACCCCACUCUCAUUGACCCCAAAGGUCACGCACCUGCAGAGCAACAGCACAUCACACACAAGGAGCCACUGGUGGCCAACGACAUCCUGAACCAUCCCAACUUUGUCAAGAAAAACCUUUGUAACAGCUUCAGUGACCGCACCGUGCAGCGCUUCUACAAGUUCAACACCAGCAUCAUGGGGGACCUAACCAACCUGGUCCAUGGUAGCCAUUGUUCCAAGUACCGUCUGACCCGAAUCCCCGGCACCAACGCCUUUGCUGGUAUCGUCAACGAGACGUGUGACUCUCUGGCUUUCUGCGCCUGCAGCACGGUGGACCGGCUCUGUCUCAACUGCCACAGAAUGGAGCAGAAUGAAUGCGAGUGUCCGUGUGAGUGUCCCCUGGAGGUCAAUGAGUGUACCGGCAACCUCACCAAUGCUGAAAACAGGAACCCUAGCUGUGAGGUGCAUCAGGAGCCAGUCAGUCUGAAUGUGAUUGAUCCCAGUCUGCAGGACACGCUGCCCCAGUGCAUCAACACUCGCUGUAGCCAGAGAUACACCAGCAGUGAUUGUUUCGGCGUCCUGGACUGUGAGUGGUGCAUGGUGGACAGUGAUGGUAAAACUCAUCUCGACAAGCCAUAUUGUGCCCUUCAGAAGGAAUGUUUCGGGGGCAUCGUCGGCGCCAAGAGUCCCUAUGCGGAUGGCCUGGGACUCCUAGCAGAUGAGGAGGUGGCAUCUCUGAACAUGAUCAAGAGCGCCCCUGUGGGUCCAGUCGCUGGGGGAAUUAUGGGAUGCAUCAUGGUGUUGGUGCUGGCUGUGUAUGCAUACAGACACCAGAUCCACAGGCGUUCGCACCAGCACAUGUCCCCACUGGCAGCACAGGAAAUGUCAGUGAGAAUGUCCAACCUGGACAACGAGAGAGAUGAGAGGGAUGAGGACAUCCAUGAGGACAGAGGAAUCAUCAGUAACACUCGAUUCAUCGCUGCAGUGAUCGAGCGGCACACUCACACGCCUGAACGGAGACGGAGGUACUGGGGUCGAUCCGGGACAGAGAGUGACCACGGCUACAGCACCAUGAGUCCGCAGGAGGACAGUGAGAAUCCACCUGGGAACAACGACCCGCUCUCGGCCGGUGUCGACGUCGGUAACCACGAUGACGACCUCGACCUAGACACGCCUCCUCAGACGGCAGCGCUGCUCAGCCACAAGUUUCACCCCUACCGGCACACGCACAUACACCACCACCCGCUGCACAUGCACACGCACCACCUGCAGGCCGCGGUCACCGUGCACAGCGUGGAUGCAGAGUGCUGAUCUUCAGCGCUGCAAUCGCCCUCCUGCCCUGGACGGAACUUGUUUUUAUUAAAAAAAACUAUUUUUAAAAAACAUUUGUGCUUGAUUAGACUGCACACAGUAGGUACUGUCAGGAUGGACGGAGGGAGAGAAAAGCUACCGCUGGACUCACAGUGUCACUGGGCUGCUGGGAUGUCUGCCAUCAAUUGAUGAUUAUUAUGGGCAUUAGCCUCAUGGUGUCAUUGUGCCAACAUCUCCAUUUCAACCCUUGUUUCCCCACCAACCCAGUCCAACAUCUGGCAAGUGUACUCAAGUUUACACACACUAAAAAUGACCAGACCUGGGCCAGUAACAAUAUCCAAAUGAGAUUUUUUUGUUGGUUUUCUGGUGGAAUUUGUCAUGAGAGCGCACAAAAACGCGGCUUGAGCCCAUUAAUUGAGAAGA